AUGGUGUCCUUUUUCGGCCUGAAGCUCGGCGCUGAUAAGAAGAAGAAAGCCGAGAAGGCGGUGGAGCAAAAGCCUCAAUGGAAACGGACUGAUCAGAACCUCCUCGGCGAAGGCCAGUUCUUCGGAAAGGAGCUGGAUCGUCCCAUCCUCAUCAACGGCUCCCGUCCCGGCACUGCCAUGUCCAACAAGAGCUUCGCCGCCGGUUUUCGUCAGCCCAACGCUCCUUAUCUGAAUGGCGGCUCGUCGUCCCUGGUCGACCUUGGUGCACCCGGCGCCGGCAAGGGUGUCCGCCCUGUUGGGUCCGAGGCUAAUUUAAGCAUGCGGUGGAACAACAGCUCCGUCGCCAGUCUGCAGAACUUUGCGAGCCCGCCCAUCAUCACCGGUGGCAGCAGGCCCGGAAGUAGACCGGGUACCCCUAACUCGGCCAGCCGAAAGGUCUGGGUCAACCCCCUCGACGUCCACUUCGCUCGCGACAACGCCGGCCCGAGAAACGACGGUUCCCUCAGCCCGGCGCCGAGCGGCUAUCACUCCUCCAACAGCCUGUCCCCCCUUCCCACUCCCACCAUCACCAACGCACCCCGGAGCCCGCUCGGCCAGUUCGAGUUCAAUCUGACCCCGUCAGACGUACCCAAAGAUGCCAAGCUGACCCCUGCCCCGCUGUCGCCAACCAAGGCCUGCCCGUCUCCUCCCCAGUCUAUCAACGGCUCUCUUCCGCCAUUGAGGACCGACUUCAGACCAAAGACGGCCGUUACUACCGUCCGUGAGGCACACCGACCUGGGCCCGCAGCACUCCCCUCUCCGACCGCGUCGACAGGUCGCUGCAGUGACGAGGAGCAGCACUUCUAUGCCCGGCCUAUCAUCCAGAACGUUGCAGCAAAACGAGACACCCUCACCAUCGUCACCCCUCGGAGACAGAGUUUUUCGAUGGAUAUCCACCAAGACCUGGCUGCGCUCGAUUUCACAAAGCCAGAACAGCAGAGCCCCACGAUCCCCGCGAGUCCGCCACCGAGGAGCACUCGACGCCCGUGUCCUCCGGAAUUGAGGAGCCUGCCCCAACCGCCCCGUAUCGCCGGUCUCCCGCCCCCGAGGCCGCAGCAGGUACCGUACGACGGGCCGUUGCGAAGUCCUGCGCGGCCUCCCGAGGAUUGGGUCAAUGCCAGGCAGCGAAUGGGUUCGGACGCGCGGGAGAGAACGAAUUUGGAGCCGAGGGAGAGGAUGAACUCGGAUGCCCGCGAACGCUCAUACUUCGACUCCAAGGAGCGGCUAGGCCCGGACGGCGGGGAGAGGAAAGACCCUGACGGCCGCACUCGCGACGACCGGCCUUCGCCGCCGCAGGGAUAUCUCGGCCCCCCGCCCACGUCGAGGAGAGUGGCGCCAGGUGAAGGCGAACGCAGCUACGGCAUCACACCAGCGAACCGCCGUCCGCCCCCGCCGCCGGUCGAGCUCCAGCGCAAGGCGUCGAACCCGCAGUUCCGGCCACCGGGCUGGGACGACCGCGACGUCCAGCACGGAAACUUCGCCAUGAUCUCCCCUCGCAUGCAGCCACCCCAGCCGCCGACCCCAAACAGCCUGAUCCCCGAGCCUUCGAGCGACGCGAAUUGGCCGCUCCCGAGUCCACUAGCAAGUCCGACUUUCGGAACUGGCCAACGGCCGCACACGCCGAGCGAGAGGUCCGAAGGCCAGAUGAGUCCCGGGCUGGUGAUGCCCCUGACUCCUGGGCGAGACGGUCGGGAGGGACGGCGGCCGGACUUUGGGUUGAGGGCGCCGACGGGAAUCGCGGACGAGUUCCGCGUGGGAUUUAUCUAG